CUCUCACUCGACUCUCAGUCUUCCUUGAAAAAUUGUAAAACGAGAAAGGAGCGAUGUGAUUAACUUUUGAUUUUAUUUCGUAAUCAAGAUUUCAGAUCCUGCCAGUCCUUUUGUUAUUACUUCCCCUUUAUCUCCCGCUUUUUUCUUUUUCUUCUCUCCUCGUCUUCUGUCUCCUCUAUUUCACCUAUUUCACCUAUUUCACCUAUUUCACCUACUCCACCUUCUCUUCAUUAAACCAUCUGUCUAUCGCCUCCAUUGUGUACAGUUUAGUAACUUCAUAUCAAAUAUAGCUAUCUUUUAAACUUCAACAUGCCAGACAAUCACACUUCAUCACGGCAACAAUCCGUUUCUAAGGAAUACACCCGGUCAACAUCUCCCCCUCCAAAUAUCGCUUCUAUCAUCCCUAAACGGUCAUCAUCACGCCUUUCACCUACACGAAAACAGCAACAGAGUACAUUUAUAUAUGACGAAUCACCACGUCUCGCUCAAACUCAUCUUCAGACGCCUUUGCAUGCUGAUCAUGACCACAAAUUGUUAUUAAAAAAAGCAGAGAAAAUCGAACAUUCAACCCCGGCACGGAAGCUAUCUAGUAGCAACUUCAUGAAGAUGGCACGACAGGCUUCAGAUACUGCUUUUCGGACAGUCGGAAUCAAUCGCAAGGAUCCUAAUAAUAACCUCGAUGCAUCCUGGAAAACUGAUCACUUAGAAUCUCCUAUUGUUUAUGAACAAAAUCCGAAGGUAUACCUUUAUCAACAGCAGCAGCAACAGAGUCAACGCCACCAGUUAGUUAGCCCUUCUGGGUCUGAAAGAUUACAUCGGAGCCCAUCCUCCUCAAAAAUAAAAGUAGAGUACAGAGGGGAUGUGGACGAGCAUACGGCUGGUAGAGUCAAUUCUCCGACAAACUUUCCAUGCCCUGACCGAACGCAUAGUCGUAGUCGUUCUGGUAGUAGUCCACGAGUCCAGGCUCAUCACUUAAAGCCAGAUGAACAUGACAUAAAAACUGAUGUCCAGGAGCUUUGUGCGUCAAAGGAUGAGGACGCUACGCAAGAAUUACACGAGCGAACUUCACGACCAAUGACCCCACGGAGGUCUCCCUCUCGUGCCAUGCGUAACCCAAUUGCACAAGUUGUCGGAGGACCACCUCGCAAUCCCUUGAUUAAACAUCCCGUGCUUUUAGAUGAAUCCCUCACAGGACAUAAAGACGAUCAGUUGGCUUUGUGCAACAAGGAUCUUCCUCCUAUUCCAUAUAAUCAAAUGUCACAGUUACUGAUGACCCCAUGGAAGGUUAAAGUCAGUAAUGAUAGCUCUCAGUCUCAUCUUGAGCUGCCUACUUCCAGUGAAGCAUUUAAAAAAAGUGGAAGAAAUGGUCUGAUACCGCAGGAUGUGCUCAAGUUCAUGAAUUCAAAGGAAAUAAAAGAAGCCGUAAGUACCACUGUAGUUGCAAGUCGUGUAUACAAAGUGAUCGGCGCCGAACAACUUGACAUUCUCAAAAAGGAGCAAGAAGAGUUAACAGACUUUAUCGAAACUAUGAACACAUCCCUUCAAAUCGAGGCUCGGAUACGUGAUGCCUCUCAUUCCUUGAUCCAACUUCAUGAGAGUAAUAUGGAUAUUGAUGCUCUCAAAUCGGCCACAGGCCGACUUCAUGCGACGACUUGUAGGAUGGAUCAGAUUGCUUCCAAGAUUCAUGAGGCUAUGCUGCGUUUGACGACUAUUCAAAGGCUACUGCUCCAACACGAGGGGGCCAUCCUAAAUGCAGGGUUGAGACAACUCGAAAAUGAGAAUCGCGAGCUCUUGAGAGCUGUUCAAAAGCUAGAUUCUGAAAAAGCUCAAGAAAAAGAGGAGAAGCUUACAUGGAAAAAAGAGCAUAACCAUCUCAAGUUCCAGAGCAUCGUGUUCUCGAGCACGCCAGUUCUCGAAGAAUUUGCAUUAAAUGUCUCUCAGAAUCUUGAUCUACAGCGGUUGCAGUUGCAGCAUCAGGAAAUGAUCGAGUUCACGGAAAAGUACGUCAAGGAGCUCAAUGAUGACAAUUUGCAUAAGGAAGAGAAAUUGGUUGAGCUGACAAAUCAGCUGCAGGCCGUGAAGGAAUGGGCAGACGAUUUUGCAUCUUCAUUUCAAAACCGCCAUCCAGUUUCCGAGAAGCCUGAUCAGUCACCAGCUCUUCAAGCUCAGCUUCGUCAGCUACGUAUUUUUGUAGAGUCCAAAUUUAAUGAGAUAGACCUACAUGCAUCUGUGCUCGAAUCCAAAAUCGAGCUACUCGCUGAAGAAAACACUACUCUGACAUGUAACCUCAAGGUCCUCUCGGCUGCUCAUGAAAUGUCUUAUCGCGAUUCACAGCAGGAUCAAUUGAGACGAAAUAAGCAAGCAAUGGCUUCCAGAGCGUACCAUGCCUCGCAUGCAAGGCCACGACCAACUACAGAUUCCGAUCUCCACAUGGUCUUGCAAGACAGCCUUUUAGAGCUAGAGCGUCAAAUCCAACUUGAUGAAAGCUUUGCAUUGUUGUCAAGCCGACCUUCCUCUAGAUCUAAUAGCACAGCGUCAUCAGACUGUAUGGAUGAUAUUGACACAUCCUUAAGCAGAAGUUCGUCGGCUGGACAGAGCUGUGGACGGUCUAGUCACAAUUACAUUGGCCAUGGUUCAAGCUCCAGCAAUAAGGUGCGCACUCAAGUUCGUCUUGUUGAUGUCUGUGAUGAAACAGAGGAAUCCGAGUGCUCCAGUUCGGAUGAUGUGGUAGUUGAGGAUGCGCAUAAGGAAAUCCAACGACUAAGUACAAUGAUCAAGGAGUUGGAACAUAUUGUGCAGAUGCGCCGUGAUGUCAGAGUACUUUUGAAUAAUGAAUAA